GUGGACAUCCUGAUGGCUGAAUGAUGGAGUCCGUGCUGCUGUUCCCGUCGGUUUAAGGCACCUCGCUCAGGAACACCACCUUCAUUCUCCUCGAUCAACUCACUCCCGCUCAGCGUCAUGUUGGCCAGGAAGGGCCUCCUGCCGGACGGCUUCCUGCUGACCCGGCUGGCAGAGGACCAGAACCAGCCAAACCGCAGCCGUUCGAGGUCUCAGAGAGCCCGCUUCAUCACCAAGACCGGAUCCUGUAAUGUGGCUCACAAGAACAUCAGGGAACAGGGUCGCUUCCUGCAGGACGUUUUCACCACCAUGGUGGACCUGAAGUGGCAGCACUCCCUCCUCAUCUUCACCUCCGCCUUCCUCUGCUCCUGGAUGCUCUUCGCUAUGAUCUGGUGGCUCCUCGCCUUCGCUCACGGAGACCUAGAGCCCCGCGACCCCAACGGCGACCCAGGCCCAGUCCCCUGCGUCACCGCCAUCCACUCCUUCACCUCUGCCUUCCUCUUCUCCAUUGAAGUCCAGGUGACCAUCGGUUUUGGCGGCAGGAUGGUGACGGAGGAGUGUCCGCUGGCCAUCACCGUGUUGAUCAUUCAGAACAUUUUGGGGCUGAUCAUCAAUGCCGUGAUGCUUGGCUGCGUGUUCAUGAAGACAGCGCAGGCCAACCGGCGAGCAGAAACACUCAUCUUCUCCAAAAACGCCGUCAUAGCUCCUCGAAAUGGCCGGCCAACUUUCAUGUUCAGAGUUGGAGAUCUGAGGAAAAGCAUGAUCAUCUCAGCCACCGUCCAGCUGCAGGUGAUCCGGCGGACGGUGACGUCAGAAGGCGAGGUGAUCCCCGUGUGCCAGCUGGACAUCCAGGUGGAGAACCCUCUGAGGAGUAACGGCAUCUUCCUGGUGUCUCCUCUGAUCAUCAGCCACACCAUGGAGCGAGGGAGUCCUCUCUACGAGCUGUCCGCCCAGUCUCUGGCUUCCGAGGACCUGGAGAUCAUCGUCAUCCUGGAAGGUGUGGUGGAGACGACGGGGAUCACCAUGCAGGCUCGGACCUCUUACAUACCCGAGGAGAUCCUGUGGGGGAGGCGCUUCGUCUCCAUCAUCACGGAGGAGGAUGGCAGGUACUGCGUCGACUACUCCAAGUUCGGAAACACUGUUCCCGUCCGGAUGUCGUCUCUCAGCGCCAAGGAGCUCGACCAGACCAGAGGAGUCCAGGAAGGAGUGUCUGACGUCCAGCUGCAGGGUUGGGGGCUGGUCCGAGCCGGCAGAGGGGGCUUCCGCAGAGGAGGGCGGGCCUACAACAGCUCCGCCCCUCAGCCCUGGUACGCCCAAUCAGAGAAAGCAGAGAAGGAGGUGGAGCAGAAGGGACAGAAAAAGACAGUCCAGCUGGAGGUGAUCGGACGGCAGAUUGAAGGGGACGCGCUCGGAGAGCUGAGUGACUGAACACAGCGCCCACUGCUGUACACCCAGGUGAACUGCACUGCACUCAUGUGCCUGUUAAAGGAUGCUGAUCUCCCACAAUGCAAUGCACAAAGGUUUCUCAGAGCUGGAAGACAUUAAAUAUUUGUGUAGAAGACAGAAAUUAACAUUAUUUUAAAAACACUGAAUGUUAUAGAUGGAACACGUUAGUGAUAAUACUCAUUAUAAAUAUACGUUUACCACAUACUCCCCUAAACUAUUGAAUUUAUGACAACAGAGACAGGAAACUGACCACAACAUGUUUUUUGGUUUGUGUCCAUCGUGUUCAUACUGACUAUUUUAAUAGACUUAAACUGCUGAUUUUAAACUGAUUUUAGGACACACUUAGCUUGUUGUCUCCUUUCCUUUCCUUGUGGUUAUCUCCUCCUUUAGUUCUAAAUUAUUUAACAGUCACAUUAAACCCUGUGUGUGUGUAAGUACUGUAUACUGUAGACAAAGACACUCCAGUGAGUACUGAGGUGUAUAGCAUAUCUCCUGCUGCUUAAGAACACUUCUG